GUAUCUAACGAAUAAAGUAGAUCGUUGCGUGACCGGCUUAGUGGCUCAACAACAGUGUGUUGGUCCAUUACAUACCCCUCUAGCUGAUGUUGCUGUGACAGCCGUUUCACAUUUUUCCAUGAAAGGCAUUGCAACUUCUAUUGGCGAACAACCAAUUAAAGGAUUAGUGAAUGAAACAGCUGGUGCUCGAAUGACAGUAGCCGAAGCUCUUAGUAAUCUGGUAUUUGCGAGAAUUUCUGCAUUACGAGAUGUCAAGUGUAGUGGCAAUUGGAUGUGGCCAGCAAAACUUCCAGGCGAAGGUGCAGCACUCUACAAGGCUUGCUCGGCAAUGUGUUCACUGAUGAAGGAACUUGGAAUCGCAAUUGAUGGUGGUAAGGACUCGCUCAGCAUGGCCGCACGGGUAGGCAAGGAUAUUGUCAAGGCACCCGGUACUCUUGUCAUAUCUUGUUAUGCACCAUGUCCAGACAUUUGUCAGAUAGUCACUCCGGACCUUAAACUACCUGCUACGGGACGAGAAGGUUGUUUGUUCUUUAUUGAUUUGUCUUAUGGCAAGAAUCGGCUUGGAGGAACGGCCCUGUCUCAGGUUUAUUGUCAAUUGGAUAAUGAUGUACCCGACGUCGAAAAUCCGCAAGCUUUAAAAAAUGCCUUUAAUGUUACGCAACAACUAAUUACCGAUAAAAAGAUCUUUGCCGGUCAUGACAUUAGUGAUGGUGGACUCAUUACUUGUCUUCUAGAAAUGUGCUUUGCUGGAAUCUCAGGAAUAAACGUUAAUAUAACUCAUAAAUCUGCAUCUGCUAUUGAUAUUUUAUUUUCUGAAGAAGUUGGUUGGAUAUUGGAAGUUGAUCAGAAAUAUCAAGAUGAAACGAUAAAAAUGUUUCAAAGCUAUGGAGUUCCAAUAUAUUUAAUCGGAAAGUCUGUGGGUCUUGGAAUGAGUUCAAAGAUAGUUGUUAAAGUUCGAAAUGACAUUGUAUUGAACACUACAGUGAUUGAUUCGAUGAGUAUUUGGGAAGAAACUAGUUAUCAGCUAGAACGCCAUCAAACAAACAUUACUUGUGCCUUGGAAGAAUUUUCUAAGCUAAAGGAACGAACUAUUCCAGCCUAUCGUUUGAGUUUUGACCCUGUCAGAUCUAAUUCGAUAUUAAAGGAUUUAUCAGAGCGUAUCAGAGUAGCCGUCAUAAGAGAAGAGGGUAUUAAUGGAGAUAGAGAGAUGGCAGCUUCGCUGUUGGAAGCCGGUUUUGAUGUUUGGGAUGUUACAAUGCAAGAUUUGUUAGAAAACCAAGUUACUUUGGAUCUGUUUAGAGGUGUUAUCUUUCCCGGCGGUUUCAGCUAUGCCGAUGUUUGUGGUUCUGCUAAGGGAUGGGCAGCCAGUUUCCUCUUUCAUCCAUCUUUACGUGAGCAAUUACGACGAUUUGUUGUUCGUGAAAAUACUUUCAGUUUGGGUGUUUGCAAUGGUUGUCAAUUGAUGAGUCUAUUAGGCUGGGUAGGCGACGAGGAUACUGAAGACAAACCAGGAAUUUGUUUAGAUCAUAAUCUGUCAGAAAGAUUUGAGUGCAGGUGGACCACUGUUAAAAUUGAGAAAUCGCCCUCGAUCAUGUUAAAAGGCAUGCAGGAUAGCGUGCUAGGUGUGUGGGUAGCUCAUGGAGAAGGGAGAUUUACUUUUCGAGAAGAAGUUUUGAAAACUCUUGAGCGGAAUAACUGUUUACCAAUCAGGUACACAGACGAUUAUGGCAAUCCGACUGAAUGUUAUCCUAUGAAUCCUAAUGGUAGUAUAAAUGGCAUUGCUGCUAUUUGUUCUAAAAAUGGACGACACUUAGCAAUGAUGCCACAUCCAGAAAGGUGUACUCAAAUGUGGCAAUGGCCUUGGAAACCAUUAGAAUGGAACUACAAAGCUUCACCAUGGCAACGACUUUUCGAUAAUGCGUAUAAGUGGUGCCAAGAAUACAAUUAAAAAGUUCAUUAUCAAAUUCAAUACAUAUUUAAUCAAAAAACUUUAUUAUAAUGUACUUUAACACUGUUCAUGUAUUUUUCUGUCUAAUAAAAUUUAUAAUGUAUACUUAAAAAAAUAUGAAUGUGUACAGUUAAACUUAUGUUAAAUAGAAUAUUGUCAUGGAUUGA